AUGUCUCUGCAGGUUGACGAUGGCGGCCGGCGCGCCCGGUCCCGUUCUCCGGGCCGGCGCGCCGAUGUGGUGGAAGCAUCACCGUACAGCUCUACCGACCGCGGAUUCACGCCCUCUACGGUGACGGCAUACAGCGAGUAUGAACGGCUCUCACAGUGGGGAUCUGCCGCCGAUGAGGACUUUUACGGCGCGAGACCUCCCUCGGUGGUGAACCUCCAGGGACAGGGUCAUAUCUAUGGUGAUCCUCUUGAAGCUGAGUACGGUCGAUAUAGCGGUAGAAGAGCAGACCGCGACCGGGACUCGGACAGCGACAGCCAGAGACGGAGAUAUCCUGAGAUCAGAACCGCCGAGCCCUCGUCUUCGCCGAGAGACUCCCGCGAUUCUUUCGGGAGGGAGUCCGAUAAGGAGCGCCGCCGCAGGGAGAAGAAGGAUAAGCUCCAGGAUGAUCUCGCCUAUGGGAAGCUGCCGGGGCAAUCCAAAUAUGAUGCUCCUGUCCCCCAGUCCAUCCCGAUCCCGAUCCCCAACCCUUCUGCCUCGGCACCAUCGUUCAACUACGCCCAGCCGAGGCCUUACGAGUAUGGUUCCGUCUCCAAGACAGACCGCUACGGCACCUCGCUCGAACCUACCCCUCGCCCCGGCCGUUCCCCCUCUCCCGGCCCAUCAUCCCCCUUGAAAUCCGCCAUGAAGCGAACCUCUUCCCCUCUGCCCCCAACGAAUCGCAUGUCAACCCUGUCGGUCCACAGCCCCCACCACUCCCUCUCCCUCUCCUCCGCCCCCCCUUCCCCGCUAUUGGAAGCCUACCACGGAACGUACCAAUCCAUGUCACCCAUGCCCUCCCCCCUGCUCAUGCCCUCCUCUCCCGGACAUCAUAUCCUCGAAGCGCUCUCCCCCCUCGGUUCAGACUCUGAAUCCGAACAGAAGAAGAAACGACGCGCGAGGUUCCACGACCCGGUCGACGACGCUGCCAGGCUGGCAAAAGCCCUAAAGGGCGACCGCCGCCCUCCCGAAACAGAACCCCUCAUCGAAAUCCUGCCUGGCAUGUCCCACGAGCAAAUCAUGGAGCUGCGCCAGGAAUACAAGCGCCUUGUCAAAACCGGCACGGAAAGAAAGGGAGUCAACAUUGCGAAACAUAUCCGUGCCAGGCUCAAGGAUGAGGAUCCCAACUUGAUGAAGGCGUGUUACGCUACUGCGCUCGGCAGGUGGGAGAGCGAGAGUUACUGGGCUAAUUUUUGGUACCAUGGGGACAAGACGCGGAGGGAGUUGCUGAUUGAGAGUUUGAUGGGGAGGUCAAACGAGGAGAUUAGGCUGAUCAAGGAUGGGUUUAGUGACAAGAAGUAUGGGAAUUCUCUCACGAGGGCGAUGAGGACGGAGCUGAGGGAGGACAAGUUUAAGAAGGCGGUGCUGAUGGUGCUGGAGGGGGGGAGGCAGGAGGAUGUUUGGGAUGGUAGGGAGAGGAGGUGGAGGAUUGAUGCGGAUUUGGUGGAGCAGGAUGUUAAGGAGUUGUACAAGGCUGUCAAGAGCGAGAAGGGCGGGGAGAGUAAGAUGUUGGAGAUUGUGGUGGGGAGGGGGGAGGAGCAUUUGAGGGAGGUGAUGAGGGUUUAUAGGGAAGUUAGUAGGGGAGGGAACUUUGCCAAGGAUGCGCUGAAGAAGAGUGGGAAUUUGGUGGGCGAGGUUCUAGCGCAUAUCCUCAACGGGGUGAUCAACAAGCCCAUGAGAGACGCCAUGUUGCUCCAGCACGCGCUCAAGGCGUCCAAGAAGGACGAGCUGAGAAAGGAGCUGUUGAUUUCGCGGUUGGUGAGGUAUCACUGGGAUGCCAAUCACAUGCAGCAGGUGAAGCGGGCGUUUAGGGAACAGUAUGGUCAGGAUCUGAGCGAGGCUGUAAAGGAGGGCACCAAGGAUGAAUGGGGUGCAUUCUGCAGGGCGUUGUGCAUCACACGUAUGCCUGAUGCGGAAAAGGUUAUUGCUAGGGUCGAUAUUCAUCGGAAGUGAGAGAGACGUGAUGAGCUGCUGAAUGCAGGAUGAUAAGGUUGGUUGAGAUCACGUUGGAGAUGAUGGUUUUCUACGUUUGGUUGUAUAUUUCCUUGCUAUACCAUUUAUCCUCUUUUCUUCUUUACAGAAAUCGCUUCCUUCAUUCUCAUCUUAUACCAUUGGAAUUUGCUUUGAAGAUUUGCCUGGAUUUCAUUCGAUUUACUUUUGCUACAUAGCAUUCUCAAUACAUCCCCAUACUAUUAGCCAAGGUGUUCAAAUCCCUUACCUUCAAAAUAGCGCCAUAGAUAUUCACACUUCAUCACACAAAACACACAGAAAAAAGAUAUUUAUCUUCCGA